AAAAUCUUAAUCUUUGUUUAUUACAAAGAAAGUAAGCAAUUAACGUUAUGACGUCAAAAAAUGAUUUAUUAUGACGUCAGCCUUCAUUCCCCGCACUAGCAACAACGGUUCGAAACACGAAAUGCAUGUCUAUAAUUUUACCAGAUAAUUCGGACACCAGCAAUAUGACAAUGACAUCUGUUGGUGUUCAAGCAGACGUCAAUGACCCCGAAGGAAUCCUAGGAGUUAUCCGCUCCUUCCGGGAGCAGAUGGUGGAGAUACAGCAACUAAACCAAACACUCAUAGACCUUAAGAACGCGCGCCAGUCGAAGCUCGAUACCACGACGACUUUAUCCGAGCGUCUGUCGGAACAGAUCGACGACCUGAUCAGGCGCGCGGAGACGACUGAAAGCAUUUUGCACGACGACAAGAGCGCAAUCGACGCGUACAGCAAGGAACUCGAAGAUCUAAUAAAUGAAAACGAGCGUCUUGAACUCGAGGUCGGAGGUCACGAGGUGCACGUGACCGCAAAGGACCUGGAGAUGGAACAGCGCUUGACAGGGUUCGUGGAGGCGGACCUCGAUGAGCGGAUGGAGACACUAGCCAGCCUCCACCGGCAGCUCGCCGACACCCUAGCCGAGUGCGACACACAAUGGGUACUGGCAUGUAGAGUUAGCUGUAGUUAUGAUCAUAUAGGACGGCAGCUCGCCGACACCCUGGCCGAAUGCGACACACAAUGGCACGAGAUCAAGGCGGAGACGCUGCAGACAAACGAGGAGGUCUUAAAGCACGAGGCCAUGUUGGAACAUCUGCACGAGCUCAAGUUGGCCAGGUGUGCAGGCUCCAACUCCGACGCGGAGUUUAGGUCUCUUGUACAGAGGAUGAUCAGUUACCAUGACAACCAAAUGGAGCAAAAACUGCUUCUUUCUAAGCUGAUGGAGGCGCGCCUGCAGGAGCGAGACAUGGAGUUUGAGAUAGGGCAGCUGACCCGGGAGAAGAGGGACCUCUGGAGGCGCUGUCUCGACCUUGAGAACUUGCUAGAGGAGAUCACAGGUACUGAGGAUCAAGGCAACAUGCUCCGUCCCGCCGCAGCCUACAGCGACCUACCGGACAUUAUGAAUGAACGUCUGCCGCGCGCGACAAGCGACACUGAUCUGACAGACGAACAAGUGCACCAUGGUCGCCUGCUUCACAGAUGCACCAAGGCGACACAUUUGGUGGUUGGUAUGUCCGACGAAGAGGCCGAUACGGAGCAUCUCGAGUCCGCCGUUGGGCAGCGCGCUUCCACUGAUGACGUCAUUGAUGACGUCACACAGGGCGGUGAUGAGGAGCAUCCUCAGGAGCGCGAAACUAAUCAAGAGGAGCCAAGUCCCGAGACGGAGCCGGAAGUUCCCCCAGAUGUUCCGACACAACGGGAGCUAAGCGAGCAAUCACCAGAGGCGUCAUUCAUCAACAAACUACGGAAGCGCGUAGGUGGAAUCUCGCGCACAGCAUCGCAGAGGUUUAACACCGGCUUUAGACUGGCAGCCUCGGGCUCCAUGCGACAAUUCAAUCAAGCCAACUUUAUGAAACGACGAAAAUAAUUAUGAUCGAUUGUUUGGUUUCAUUGUACCGUUCUUUCAUAAAAAUAGAUUUUUAUAUAUUGUAAAUUUAUUUUAAAGUAAAUAUACUGUAUUAUUAUAUGUGUAAACAAUAUUUCUAUAUAACUUACGACAAUUAAAUUACAAAUACUC